AUGGAUCCAAGUCUGGAGGAUUUCAACAGACGGACGGAUCCCAUCAGGCUACCUGAAGGCUCAAAACCUCAACCCAGUCCUCGUCCUGCUACUAUCAGAUUCUAUCUUCCUCUGAAUAUGGCCUUAUAUACCUGUUUUUCAUCUCAUCUUCUGGCUGCUCUUUACGCUCCAAUCCAGGAUUGUGACGAGACCUUCAACUACUGGGAGCCUUUGCAUUACCUCACCCAUGGCUACGGCCUGCAAACAUGGGAGUAUUCUCCCGCCUACGGCAUUCGAAGCUGGGCCUACAUCGCCAUACACGCGCUUCCGACCAAGGUUGCCAGUCUGCUGGGGCAGUCUAAGACAGCUGAGUUCUAUGCUUUGCGGAUCAUUCUGGCCUUCGUUAGUGCAGCAACAGAGGUUCGCCUAUACUCAGCCAUAUCACGAACAGUCAACCCCAGAGUCGGGGUGAUAUACCUGAUGAUCGUCGCCAUCACCCCGGGCUUCUUCUAUGCUUCUUCCGCCUUCUUGCCAUCGAGCUUUGCCAUGUAUACAUCCACUCUCGGACUGACCUGUUUCAUGGACUGGCAUAGCGGGCCCAGGACUGCAACUGGCAUCAUGUGGUUCGGUAUCGGGGCGCUGCUCGGUUGGCCUUUUGCUGGUGCCCUUAUCCUCCCAUUCGUCGCUGAGGACUGGUUGAUCGCCUUGGUAGGGCAAGUUGACCUGUUUGGAACCUUCAGAAGAUAUCUUGACGGCUUCGUUCGCUGCUUGAUUGUUCUGGCUCUGCAGGUCAGCAUCGAUACGUUCUUCUACCGCAAGGUUCUUGUUGUCCCGUGGCGCAUCGUUGCGUACAAUGUCUUUGGUGGCCAAGGCCGGGGGCCAAACAUCUUUGGAACAGAGCCAUGGGACUAUUAUGUGCGCAACCUGCUCCUCAACUUUAACAUAUGGCUCAUUCUAGCCUUGUUAUCCGGGCCGCUGCUCCUCUCCCAGUGGUUGUUCAUGAAACAGCAUAGCACAAAGCAAACGCUUCUUAGGACGUUGAUAUUUCUCACACCAUUCUACCUCUGGCUGGCGAUCUUUACCGUACAGCCGCACAAAGAAGAGAGAUUCAUGUUUCCAGCGUACCCUUUUCUGGCUCUGAACGCCGCCAUGGCUUUCCAUUCACUCUUGCUCUGGAUCGGGUCACCAGACUCCAAUAUCUUUGGUAGAAUCCCGGUCAAAUUGAAGUUGGUGACCGUCCUGUCCACCAUUUUUGUCGCAGUCAACAUCGGACUGCUGCGGAUCUUCGGAACAGUCAGUGCAUAUCGAGCACCUUUGCAGAUCUACGAAGCCCUAGAAACUUCAACAAACAUGACUCAGAGCGGAGACACAGUCUGUUUCGGCAAGGAUUGGUAUCGCUUUCCAUCAUCCCACUUCCUCCCGGAUGAUGUACACGCGAAGUUCAUCAAGAGCGAGUUCGACGGUUUGCUGCCUGGAGAAUUCCAUGAAGGUAAUGCUGGCUUUGGGUUCUUCCAAGGCACCUGGUUGGUGCCUUCUGGCAUGAACGACCAAAAUCGAGAAGAUCUCGGGAAGUACACUGACGUGAACCACUGUACUUACUUGGUGGACACCUACAUGCCCGGCAUGGAAGCAACAGAGCAUGAGCCACUCUAUGUGCUGGACAACAGCUGGGAGAAGAUUUCGUGCGCACCAUUUCUAGACACGUCGAGGACGGGGCUUGUGGCUAGAACGAUCUGGGUCCCGGACCUCGCAUUCAUUCCAGUCAGAUACCGUCGACAGUGGGGAGAGCACUGUCUUUUGCGGCGGAAAACGGCCUGA